UGAUUAACUUCACGAGUAUAUUCAUUUCCUGUCUUCACUGAUGAAUUCUGCAGACAUUUUCUUGAUGAGUUGGAUCAUUUUGAGAGGUCAAAUCUUCCUAAAGGACGUCCUAAUACAAUGAACAACACUGGGAUAUUACUGGCAGAAUUGGGAUUUGAUGAUCACUUUAUGAACAGAUUCAGGGAGCACUACCUUCAGCCAUUAUCUGCUCUACUGUAUCCUGAAUGGACUGGCUCCUCUGGACUAGACUCUCACAGAUCACAUAUUGUGACAUAUGAUGCCACUGGUCCUACUGAUAGAACUGAUGUUGGACUCUCAACUCAUUUUGAUAAUGCUGAAGUAAGUCUCAGUGUGUCACUGGGUAAAGAGUACAGUGAUGGGGAAUUAUACUUUGGAGAAAUGAAAGGAGUUGUUGUUUCUAAUCCUCGUCUCUAUCCUUAUUAUCACAAGAUUGGUAGAGGAGUCAUUCACAGAGGACAGCAUAUGCAUGGUGCUAUGGACAUCACUGAUGGCACAAGGUACAACAUUAUUGUUUGGAUGAGAUCGUCUUCUGUGCGUAACAAACUUUGUCCACGUUGUGAUCAGUCACCAACUCUUAUACCAUUUGAAGGGUAUGGUGAUGGGUUUACAAAACAAUUGAUGUAACUAUUUUAAAUAAUUUUUGUUAUCAUAUUUAUUUUAUUUUAUUUUA